AUGGGGAAAGCUCUCAUUGUCGUCGAUCUCCAGUUUGACUUUUUACCUCCAAACGGGUCUCUGGCCGUUCCCACGGGAGAUCAGAUCGUGUCUCCGAUCGCAGAGCUGAUCAAGGACGAGAGAUGGAGCGUGGUGAUUGCUACGCAGGACUGGCAUCCAAAGGACCACGUCUCGUUCGCCGCGAAUCACAAUCUGCCCGAUUUCAGCGAAUUCGAGUACACGUCGCCCGCGAAACCGUACGGGACUCAAAAGGCCACGCUGUGGCCGGUCCAUUGCGUACAAGGCACCCAGGGCGCGGAGCUGGCACCGGAAAUGGCAACGGCUUUCGAGAAACUGGAAUGCGACCACCACGUCGUGCAGAAGGGUUUUCUGGCAGACAGAGAGUACUACUCCGCUUUCAACGACAUCUGGAACGACCACCACACUCAAUUGGACGCAAUGCUGCAGAAACACGGCAUCAACGAUGUUUUCGUCGUUGGUCUGGCGCUCGACUAUUGUGUCAAAAGCACGGCCAUCUCAGCCGCUAAUCUCGGCUACAGAACAACCAUUCUACAAAACUACACUCGCCCCAUAGCUUCCGACCACAAGGCUAUGUGCAACCUCAGACAAGAACUCAUCCAAAACGACGUUACUCUCAAGUAA